AUGAUUUUGUCACUCGUUCUUUUGCAGCUAUUGGCCACAUUUGUUUCAACCCAAGCAAUAAGUGGGGUUUUCACUGAGUUCAACUCGUUAACUUGGGAAAAUGGUGGUGGUUACCCAUAUGCCAGUCCUUCUUCUCCUAGUUGGAUGGCUAAAUUGGGCUGGAAAAUAGAUGGCUCUACUAUGAAUUCGGGUGAUACCUUUACCUUAGAUAUGCCCUGUGUGUUCAAAUUCCCAACGACCCAAACUUCUGUUGACUUGAAAGUUGGUUCUACCAGUUAUGCAACUUGUACCUUCUCAAUUGCAGAUAUCUUACUUUCUAGUUCUCAAUUGAACUGUGUUUUGCUUAGUGCUGUCCAAGACCUGACUAGUGCUACAGGGACAUUAACCUUCCCAGUUGCUUUUAAUGUAGGUGGUUCAGCAUCAAGUAAUGAUGUCUCCUGUGCAUCCCGUUUCCAGGAUGGGGUAAAUACUGUUACUUUUAAAGAUGGAAGUAACACCCUUUCCACCCAAGCUACAUUCCAAAAAGGUGUUGAUUCUGAUCCCAACAAAAUUAUUUACCAUGCUCGUACCUUACCAAUGUUGAACAAAAUGCAACAUUCUUUAGCAGCAGGUAACUGUGCAAGUGGUUAUAGUACAGGUACAUUAGGUAUUAAAAUCAUCAAUAAUUCAGGACAAGUUGAUUGUGCAAAUAUUCAUGCUGCCAUUUCAAAUUCUUUGAAUGACUGGUAUUUGCCUAAAUCUGUACUGUCCUCUUUUUCAUUUACAACUACCUGCAGUAGCUCGGGAUAUCUGAUUAGCUACCAGAAUGUCCCAGCCGGUUACCGUGUAUUCAUUGACGCACUUGUGUCUAUUGUUGUUGGAGGUGAUAAUACCGUACAGUACCUCAACAAAUACGUUUGUAGUGGAUCUACUGUUAACAAUGAUAACUCCUUAAACGUUGAAUGGAAAAACUAUCAAAACAAUGUCGCUGGGUCCAAUGGUCAAGAGGUUGUUGUUAUUACUGAAACUUGGACAGGUCUGACCACACAUUUGACUACCAAGACCCACAAUUCAGAUGAUCCAACUAUUACUGUUAUUGUUGAUGUUCCUAUCCCUACUAUCACCAUCACAACUACAUAUAUUGGGGUCAGCACUAGUUAUACUACUCACACUGUGACCCCAGGAGAAACCGCUAGUGUGAUUGAAUAUGAGCCUGUUCACACCACAACAACUGAAACCAGUUGUUGGGAAAGUGAUACCAACGGAGUUACUACUAUCAUAAAAUCAUCAUUGGCCACUGAUACAGUGUUGUAUCUUACACCAUGUACCACUGAACUUCCACCUACCACUCAAGUUACAUCUGCUACUACUACAGAAUUUACUUCCGAUGAUAGUUUAUCUACGUCAAGUACUGAACAGUCCUCAACAACCAAAUCUAUCAAGUACUGUAAACGUAAGAGAAGAGUUUAA